AUGAGGAUGCAGUACAUACUAGGCCUGUUGGCCUUACUGCUUGUCACCGUCGAUGCAGAUGUGUUCACGUCAAUCGCCGAUAUGCAAUCCUUGCUCCAGUCUGAGAAAGCUAUUCCAAAGAUCCUCAGAAAAUACAUUGAAAGCGAGUAUGAUCGUCUUGAAAAACUCAAAGAGUACGGUACUUUUUUGGCUGCAAUCAUGGAGAACAUUCACAUCAGCUUUUUAUUCAGUAUGAUACGGAAAUACGAGGAACGAAAUGAGGAAGCAAUGAACACUGACAUCAAGGACCUCAUCAACCCGAUCAAUGCUUUUCUUUUUAUCAAAAAGAAGGGACCAGGAGCUGAUCUGUUGCAGAUAUUCGACUGGAAGGGUAUUGAGCAUGCAAUGAUGUUGAAUAAAGCCGACUCAUUCCUGGAACGUAUUGCCAGCAAAGACCAAGGAUUCCGCUAUCCAACUGAG